CGCCGCUCCCAGCGCUCGGAGCGCGGGCCCGGGGACUCGCGAGCCCGCCGCCAGGGCCGCAGCAUGGGGCGCUUCCGCGGGGGCCUGCGGUGCAUCAAGUACCUGCUGCUCGGCUUCAACCUGCUCUUCUGGCUGGCUGGCUCGGCAGUCAUUGCUUUUGGACUAUGGUUUCGGUUUGGAGGCACCAUAAAGGAUUUAUCAUCAGAGGACAAGUCCCCAGAGUAUUUCUAUGUGGGGCUCUAUGUUCUGGUUGGAGCCGGGGCCCUGAUGAUGGCCGUGGGGUUCUUCGGGUGCUGCGGAGCCAUGCGGGAGUCGCAGUGUGUGCUGGGAUCAGCUAUACGACAUGUCCAGACCAUGUAUGAAGAGGCUUAUAAUGAUUACCUGAAAGACAAGGGGAGGGGAAAUGGGACUCUCAUUACCUUCCACUCGACAUUUCAGUGCUGUGGAAAAGAAAGCUCCAAACAGGUCCAACCCACGUGCCCAAAGGAGCUUCUAGGACACAAGAAUUGCAUUGAUGAAAUUGAGACCAUAAUCAGUGUUAAGCUCCAGCUCAUUGGAAUUGUCGGUAUCGGAAUUGCAGGUCUCACGAUCUUUGGCAUGAUAUUCAGCAUGGUCCUUUGCUGUGCGAUACGAAACUCACGGGAUGUGAUAUGAAGCUGUAUACUUCUACAUGAAAAUUGCAAUCUAGGGCUUUCAUACCAAAUGUCACAGGAGCUGUCUCUCAGCUCAUUUUUAAUAUUCAAAUGACAUUAGGAUCUAAAAUAAUUUGCUGUCAAUUGUACAUUUGCACAUGUAUGUAUGUUUGGCUCAUUACUGGUUUACCCCUUGAGUGACUGCCUCUGUAUGUUGACUGAGAGCGUAUUAAUGUGUGAUCUGUGUUUCUGGUAUAUGCAUUGCACAGAAUGAAAGCUGUCUGCUGGGAAUUCCUGAUUCUUGUUAUGUAAGAAGAACAACCUAUUUAACUCCCAGAAAAAGAUCAAGAAAUUUUGAGAAACUUUUAAAACUUAGCUACUGAUAAAAAGUGAUAAUGGGUCAGUUUCUCAGACUCUAGCCAUUGAAAAUUAGAUACAGCAAAUUCAGGGAUUUCUAGUUAAUGGAAGCAAUAAGCUACAGGAAUGGAGAGAUCACAGUGGAGUGUUAAAAUUGACUGUGUCUGAGUUGGGUGUAAGGGUUUCCUGGGAUUUUUUAUAUACAUCCUCUCCCCAGAAUACAGUAAACCACAGUUUUAGAACUGAACACAUCUGUAAAACUAAAUAUAGCAUGGAAAAUCUAAUUUGAAUAAGUCAUGUUUUCCUAGUAUUUAAAAACAACAACAAAAAAAAACUUUCUCUGGAAAGAGAAGUCACACAGACAACCAUGUGCCCUAUAAAAGUGAGUGUUUAUAGGACUAAAAAAUCUUUUAACAACUUUUUAAGGAAAUAUUCGUUCUUAUACAAAGACAUGUAAAUAUUGCUUUAUUACUUCCUUUUCUGACUCUGAACUACUGCAACCCUCCCAUCCCCAAAACGGCUUUUAUCUCAAAUUCUUCUGUAUUCCUCCAAAUGUAAGGACAGAAAGACUAAAGCAAGAUAUCUGGCAGUUUCAAAUUGUGAGAAAGAGAAUUUUUACUGGCGUUGUAUCUUUGAAAUACCUCAUAACUUGAGUUUACAUAUUUUCCUAAUUUUUUGUAUUUUCUUAUUUAUUCACCUAGAGAAUUCUUCUUCACAGAUUAAGUACUACAGUUUUCACCACUUAAAAUAAGUAAAACAAAGUCCUUCAUAAUUCAAUAUUAUGUUAUGAGCAUCCUUGGCCAAAUCAAAAUAAACAAAGAAAAACAUCUUCUCCCAAUUGUGUGCACACAACAGAAACAAGUUCAGGAAACAGAUAUUUUUAUAUAUACACACAACACAAAAAUAUGUUCUUUCUGUGAAAGUCCCUAUGAAAAUAAAAUUUUCAGGACUUUUUGGAGGUGAGGAGGUCUUAAUUCUUGAGUUUAAGUAUGUAAACCCAAAUUUAGGAUCUAAAUUGGCAUGUUUGUCAGUAAUUUUUAACUAGCAACUUGUUACUUUUAAUAAAUCAUAGAUCCUUAAAAAUUACAUUUUAAAAGGCCACACAAAAGUUGGGGGACUUUGGAAAACCCCAAGUGAACUUCUAUACAAAUGAGAACACAAGUGUUUGGUUGUACACUAAAGGAAAGUAUUGAUAUCAUGCUCCCAAGAAACUUUCACAAAACGUUUUGUUGAUAUAACUGCUUGAAAUAGUCUCACUCCCAUGUAGAACCACGUUUCUCUUUCUGCCAUACUUACUACUGCUACUAACAAUGGAGGAAACUUUUCUAGGAAAAAAGAUUGGAAGCAAGCUAAAAACUUAAUUGUGCAUAGCUAGUUUACUGUGUCUAUAGCUAAAGAAAAGAUUAUUUUAAGAAAAUCACUUCAUGAAAUAAAUAUUUGUACCCCACUAGUUGAGAAAUGUCACUUUUUACGCAAAGAGCAUACAGUCCAGCUCCCUUAGUAGCUUUAGUUCAUCUGUCUUCCUGCAGACAGGAAAAAGGCCCAAGUACAUACUCAGGUUCCUUCCAGCACAGAAUCAUCUCUGGUUCCACAAAAAUG